CUCGGAGGCGGAGGGAGAGCUGCCUCGUGGAGUCCACGCUUCCGCUGCACACGGCGCGACGUGAUGGCGACAUUGGACCCGCCCUCUGCCCUUGUCGUGCUCCGCAGUUCCUAGGUCGUGCGGCGUGCGCGGCGGUAGUGACGCGUUUUCCCCGGAGUAUGGCGGAUACCGGCUUGCGCCGCGUGGUUCCCAGCGACCUUUAUCCUCUCGUGCUCGGCUUUCUGCGUGAUAACCAACUCUCGGAGGUGGCCAACAAAUUUGCAAAAGCGACCGGCGCUACACAGCAGGAUGCCAAUGCCUCGUCCCUCUUGGACAUCUAUAGCUUCUGGCUCAAGUCUGCCAAAGCCCCUAAGAGGAAAUUACAGUCAAACGGACCAGUGAGCACGAAGGCCAAGAAGGAGACUUCGUCCAGUGACAGCAGUGAGGACAGCAGUGAGGAAGAGGAAGAAGCCCAGGGGCUUCCAGCAAAGAAGGCUGCCGUGCCUGCCAAGCGGACCAGUUUGCCCCAGCCUGCUGGGAAGGCAGUAGCCAAAGCGCCAGCGAGCAGCAGUAGUGAAGAAUCCAGCGAGGAGGAGGAGGAGGAGGAGGAGGAGAAGAAGAAGCCUGUUCAGCAGAAAGCAGUCAAGCCCCAAGCCAAGGCAGUCAGAGCUCCUCCUAAGAAGGCCGAGAGCUCUGACUCUGACUCUGAGUCUGACUCGAGCUCAGAGGAUGAAGCGUCACAGACACAGAAGCCAAAGACAGCUGUGGUGGCUAAAGCUCAGACUACAGCCCCAGCCAAACCAGGUACAUCACCUAAAGCACAGCCUAAAGUAGCCAAUGGCAAAGCAGCCAGCAGCAGCAGCAGCAGCAGCAGCAGCAGCAGCAGCAAUAGCGAUGACUCUGAGGAGGAGGAAAAGGCGGCAGCACCCCCCAAGAAGACCGUACCUAAGAAGCAAGUUGUGGCCAAAGCACCAGUGAAAGUAGCUGCCACCUCAACCCAGAAGAAUUCUAGCAGCGAUGACUCUUCCAGUGAAGAGGAAGAAGAACAGAAAAAGCCCAUAAAGAAAAAACCAGGUCCCUACAGCUCAGUCCCGCCGCCUUCUGUUCCUUUACCAAAGAAGUCAUUGGGAGCCCAGUUUCCAAAGAAAGCUGCUGCACAGAAGCCGCCUGCGGAGAGCAGUGAAGAGAGCAGCGACGAGUCUGAUUCAAGUUCUGAGGAAGAGAAAAAAACCCCAGCCAAGGCUGUUGUCUCCAAGGCACGUGCCAAAGCAGUGCCGGUGAAGAUAGAAGCAGAGAGCUCUUCAGACAGCUCAGACUCUGACAGUUCUGAGGAUGAAGCUGCUGCCAAGCCUGUCAGUACCACCAAGAGUCCCUUAAGCAAGCCAGCUGUCACUCCCAAGCCAUGUGCAGCAAAGGCCGCGGCAGCUCCUAAGCAGCCUCUAGGCAGUGGCCAGAAGCCUCAGAGCAGAAAGGCUGACAGUAGCUCCAGCUCGGAAGAGAGCAGCUCCAGUGAGGAGGAGACAGCAGAAAAGGCUGUGACAACCACCAAGCCCAAGGUGACAGCGAAAGCAGCCCCAUCUCUGCCCGCAAAACAGGCUCCUCAGGCUGGUGGGGACAGCAGCUCUGACUCAGACAGUUCUAGCAGUGAGGAGGAGGAGACACCUAAGCCCCCAGCGAAGAAGGUGGCAGGUGCACCCACUUCCAAGCCAGCCCCUGUGAAGAAAGAAGCCGAGAGCAGCUCCUCUGAAGAUUCCAGCGAAGAGGAGAAAAAGAAGCCCAAGGGCAAGGCCACUCCUAAAACACAGGCCAGCAAGGCCAAUGGCACCCCAGCUUCUCAGAACGGAAAGUCGGGUUCAGGCAAGAAGCGGAAGCAGAGUGAGACAGCAGAGGAAGCAGAAACACCUCAAGCCAAGAAAGUUAAGCUCCAGACUCCCAACACGUUCCCCAAAAGGAAGAAAGCAGAAAGAAGGGCAUCCUCCCCAUUCCGAAGGGUCAGGGAAGAGGAGAUCGAGGUGGACUCACGAGUAGCUGACAAUUCCUUUGAUGCCAAGCGAGGUGCAGCUGGAGACUGGGGUGAGCGAGCCAAUCAGGUUCUGAAGUUCACCAAAGGCAAGUCCUUCCGGCAUGAAAAGACGAAGAAGAAGCGAGGCAGCUACCGGGGAGGCUCCAUCUCUGUCCAGGUCAACUCUGUCAAGUUUGACAGUGAGUGACCUGUGGUCAUCCCAGGCAAAAGAAGGUGGCCACUCACCUCCAGCGGACCCAGAAACUCAGUGCUGUUAGGAGAGUGUCUUGGCAAGGACAGUUUCAGCAGGUCCUGAGACUGUCACAUUGCAGUCUCCAGUCCUUUCCUGUCCCUGCUUCUGCACACGUUUGUUUUUCAGCAUUGAUUGUCAGGGACAAAGUAGAGGAUGGUUUGGUUUUUUU